AUGUCAAAAGUUUCUUCACCAAUUUCAAUUGCUGAAAAUUCUGCAAAGUUAAAUAAACUAAAUUCAUUUCUUGAAUUUAAUUCAGAUUUACUAAAAAUGUGGGCUUCAAUAAUAAAUGAUAAAAAAAGAAACAAUUUAAAAGAAAAUAUUUUUAAAAAUAAAAAUCAAUUGUUGGUAGAAAAGAGGAUAAAUAAAACAUCUGAAAAAAUAAGUAUGAUUAGAAAGAAUUUACGAGAAAUUGAUAAUAAUGUAAAGGAAUCUAUGAAAAUAAAAAUGUCUGCUGAUAGGAUUGAAGAAAAACUAUAUAAAGCAUUACUUGAUCCACAACGUUAUGAAAAAAAUGUUAGACCUAGUUUACAUCAUUCUAUUCAGACAAAUGUUACUUUUGGAUUUCUUUUAAAUCAAAUUGUUGAGAUGGAUGAAAAAAAUCAAAUUUUAACAACAAGAUGUUGGUUAAAUAUAAAUUGGUUUGAUCCUCGAUUAGCAUGGAAUCAAAGUGAUUGGGGUGGUAUUGAUACAUUAUAUAUACCACAUAAUAGAUUAUGGAAACCAGAUAUAAUGUUAAUUAAUAAUGCCGUAACAGAAUAUUUUGGAUCAUUAGUGAGUACAGAUAUUAUGACAACAUCAAAAGGAAAUGUAACAUGGCUUUUCUCAGCAUUAUUUAAAAGUGUUUUUCAUUUAAAUGUUAAAUAUUAUCCAUUUGAUGAUCAAGAAUGUGAAUUAAGAUUUGCUUCAUGGAGUCAUGAACAAUCAGAGAUUGAUUUAAAAUUAAUUACAAGUCAAGGAGACCUUAGUUUUUAUAUGAAUAACAGUGAAUUUAGUCUUAUAAAUAUGCAUGCAUAUAGAGAAAUUCUUCAUUUUCCAACACGCAAUAAUGUACCAUGGCCAACUAUUGUUGUAAAAAUUAAAAUUCACCGUCGUCCAUUAUUCUAUGUUUUUAAUCACGUUCUUCCAUGUGCAUUAAUUUCAUCUAUGGCUGUCUUAGGAUUUCUCAUGCCACCUGAAACUGGUGAAAAAAUAAAUAUGUGUAUUACAACAAUGUUAUCUAUGGGUGUUUAUUUACAAUCAAUAACAGAAUCUAUUCCUCCAACAUCAGAAGCUGUACCAUUAAUUGGAUUAUACUAUUUAUCAUCUCUUUCUAUUGUUUGCCUGGCUACAGUUGUAAAUGUAAUAACAUUAAAUGUUCACAGAUCUGGAAGCACAAACCAGGGGCGAAGUAUUCCAUAUUGGAUGCAUAAAUUUAUUUUGGUAUAUCUUGCAAAAAUUUUAUUUAUGACUAUUCAUGAUCCAGAUAGUGUUGCAUUAACUAAAACUGCAAGAUGUAAUAAAUCUAUAAGAAAAAAAAGUAUUUUAAGAGACUUAAAGAAAACAAAAAUAUUGGAAGAUCGACAAAAAUAUGAUAAAGGAGAUUGUGAAUGUCUGAAACAGAAGCAAAAAAAAAAUUUGAAUAAUCAUGUUUUUAAAAGAAAACAAAGUAUAGAAAAUUCAAAUAAAAAUGUUAACAAUUCAUUGGUAAGACAAAAAACAGAAUCACUAAAGACAUAUCCAAGAGAAUUGACAAAAGUUUUUUUUUCAAUUGACAGUCUUAAAUCAACUAAUAUUGAUGAAAAUUUUACCAACGAUAAAUUAAAACCCAAAAUAUCAUUCUUUGAAAAGAUGGUUCAUACUAGUAUAUUAGGUGGUAUGGAUUUUCCAUCAGAAAGUCCUGAAGAAAAAUUUUUUGUUUACAGUUUUAGGCGUAUUUUAAAAAGGAUUUACUGGACACUUAAACAACAAGAAAUCAGAUCUGAGAUAUUAGAUGAAAGAAAAAAAAUACAAUGGCAAUGGCAUCAAUUGGCAAAUGUUGUAGACCGUUUUCUCCUGAUACUUUUUUCAUUUGCAACAAUAACAACACUUGGUGUGUUUUUAAUUCUCCCAGCUGUAUUUGAUAAUUUUGUAAUUUUAUCUUUAUUGUUUAAAUAA